UGGAAUAAUGAUAGAGUUAACUUAGAUUGCAGUGAUCCUAGUAAUGAAAUAUCCCAUUUUCCUAACAAGGAGUACAUGAGCAGACUAGUUAGCAUGAACUUGACUGGAAAUGAUAUACGGACAAUUGAUAAUAGUGCUGCAGAAAAUAUUGGUGAAGGUGUUCACAUUGAUAUAAGUGGUCAAUUAUUGAAGUAUUUACCUGACUCUUUCCGUAAAUUGAAUCCAAACAGAAUAACAUUUGGUAUGAAUCCAGUUGAAUGUAACUGCGACAAUGUAUGGAUAGGAGAUUGGAUUAGAAAUAACCGGGCACAUGGAAAUCUGAAAUGUUCGACAAGUAAAGGUUUGGUUCCAGCUGAAGAUAUUUCCUCGGAAUUCUUAGAUUGUCUUGCAACGGUGACAGUUCCUUAUUUUGUUCCGGUUCUUCUUGGUUUGGUAUUUCUUUUAUUGUUUACAUUUAUUGUGUUAUCGUAUUAUUUUAGAUAUGAGAUUCUGCUCUUGAAACGAAAACUUUUCGAUAAAAAAGCUAAACCUGACGACUUUGAAUACGAUGCAAUGUUCUCAUUUUCUGAAGACAAUAUGGAGGUUUUCCGCUGGAUUGACGUGGGAUCAUGCCUGCACUUCGCAGAGAAGGGUACUCGGUUUUUGUUCCGUUUUACGAUAUCUCGUUUGGCAAUAAAAAAGAGGACCAUCUUACUGAGGGCAUAAAUAAGAGCAGAAACUAUGUGGUAUUUCUCUGUAGCAAAUAUCUUUGCGAUGAAAGCUCUGUUCAAGAAUUUGAAAUAUUAUGGAAACAGUUCUAUUCGAACGCUUCUAAAAACAUUAUUGUUGUAAAUUUUGACAAUUUCUCAAGUUCAGAAAUUAAGAAUAAGCAAUUACGUGCUUUCAGAAGAAUUGCAGACGAUGUUAAUUUCAUAGACAGAGAAAUAAAAAUUUUAGAGCGCAUGAAGCAACGUAUUGGUCCUCCGCGAAACAAACCUUUGAAUGUCAUUGUAACUGUUGAUGAGUUUCAGACAAGUUCCAAAGAUGCCUGUGAGAUAAAGAAUGAUAUAGUUGAUAAAGAAAUGAAAACUGUACAACCCAAAACGGUGCACGAACGUCUUGCGCAACCGAAAAAGACUAUAUGUAAUUGCCGAUACAGGAAAUGCUAUUUAUGCGCAACGGAUAUGAACAGUGAGAGGAAGUUAAGAAAUAGUACUUUAUCAGUAGGAAUAACAAGACAUAGAUGCUUUGGAAAAAAAACAUAUCCUAUGAACUAAAACCAAAUGCUCUAAGAAAGACAGAGGCACUACGCGUUUUGUACCAGCUUGUUUUUAAGGCAUCUUUCAAUUCGAAUUAUCACAAAUACAAAUACAAAUUAAUCAUGCAACGUUUUUGUUCAUCUUAAGUCUUUUGUUAAAUGCAUUCAAAGAAAACUGCUUUUAUUUUAUUUGUAUUGUUUAAAUAUUGUGUUAUUUUUUUUUACUUUAAUGGUAUAAAGCCAUAUCUAAUGAGAAUUUUUUUUUCAAUUUGAUAAAAUAAAGUGACUUUUUUCCAUAAUCUUAUGGAUAGAAUGUUCCAGAACAAAAUAUUAUGUAUAUUGCAAAGGUUUAAACCGUUUAGCAAUGGUUUUGUGCAUGAGCCAUCCGCUUUUAAAGAAAUAUACAAGCAUAUUUAUUUCAGACACCCUGGCAUUUUGGAAGUAUUUGUUUAAAAAUUUCAAACACGAGUGCAUGUAUUUGUAGAAGACAUAUAGCUUUAUAAACUUCAUAGGUAUCAACUGUGCUAUGUAAUAUAUUUGUGGAAAGCUUUCAUUUAUUAUGUUAAACCAAACGAGUUUGAAAAAUCACGUGGUUCUUAAUAAAGUGAAUUGUCUUGUGAGAA